CGCGGAGUGCCGCAUGUCCGCGCUGGACCGAUGCCUGCAGUCAUGAGACGCCUGGUGGACAGCACUCACCUUGUGUCCCCCACAGAGUCAUUGAUCCUAUCGUGCGGAGGGAUGGACCGCACGUGCAAGGAGAAGAAACUGGAGGAGAUUGUCGUGGUGAACAUGUCUAGAUGUUACCUGAUCAACUUGGGUGACCUGACCCGCUGCCAGUCUCUGAUGAUCUGCAUUCUGCCCGGGAAUUACAUCACCAAAAUCGAUGCUCUCUCAUACUGUCCAAAUUUAAUCAAGUUGGAUCUCCAUGGCAACCACAUCACUGAGCUUCCAGGUGAGAGCUUUUGGUCAGACAUGAGGUGUCUGCAAGUUCUCUAUCUGCACAACAACAUAAUUGGUGAUGCGAAUGACAUUGAAGCCCUGUGUGCCUGCCCACGGCUUACCGUUCUGACCUUGUCCGACACCCCCGUGAGCCUCUUGCCAAACUAUCGACACUUCAUCGUCAACAACAUCUGGUCUCUCAAAGCUCUGGACAACUUUGUCAUUGCCGAUGAGGAAGUCAUGGAGGAUUGGCCGAGAAAUGAGAGAUUCAAAGCUUUAAAUCCUGAGUUUCUUCUUGAAGUUCCUGCAGUUUCCCAGACAUCGACCUGGUGCAAUGAGAUGGAGAAUAUUCGAAAACUGAUGGCCACUGUAAACACUAUCCUGGCCCAUCACUCUCCAGUGCACAUCAUCCAGCGAUGGAUCCGUGGCCACAUCACCAGGAAGAAGCUGAGCAGGUUAGACCCAGGCCAGCGUUGUGAGCCAUGUGGGGAAGUGAACAUGUGUGGACAGGGUAUUCACAGGCUGGAGGACGGUAGCCUAUGGGUGGAAAAUGGCAGCAGCAGGCACCACGGCCGGUGCCGUGCUGUACAGCUACGGAUAAACGAGCUGCAAGUUAAGAUGUUAGAGGCCCGGUACAAAGCCAAAGAUAUAACGUCUGGCGUUUACCCACACAUCUUGCAGAGGAAGGGGUGGAACACGAAGCUUCAAGGUGGCAGUCCUGUCACCAUCCAAGCAAUGCCUCGGCCAAACGCGACCCCACAAGGUGAGUUGGAGUCCUGGAUGGAGGAGGAAGAAGGCAGAGAGGAGGUGCUGAGGUUGGGCCCCAUCCUGCACCAGCCAGCCUGUGCCCGUGGGGUGCUGCUGUCCAAGUGGGCGGCUGGAGAGGACGUCCGGCUGGGUGUACGUCAGCUUCAUGAGAUGGUCCAGAAGAAGCUGCGGCCGAGGUUCGCCUACCAACCACCCGUUAGCCUGGGAAAGAGGCUCUUUGCCAAAUCUCUUGGCUGCGUGACCUUGGCGCCCUUCAUUGCUAUCCAGAAAGCCUACAGCGACAAAGAGAAGGGGGCGUUGCGGCGAAUCCGUGCGGACUGGGCACGUGGUCUGAGAGUGGCCGAAGGACAGGCGAGGGUCUGUCUCCAUGGGAUGUCAGUCAGGAGAAACUUGGAUACAGCGCGUCGGCACAAAGAGGACCAGGCGCAUGGUGAUCGGAUCCGGCAGCAACGUGAAGCAGAGCGCACGGAGUCACUGAGGCUCGCCCGGCAGAACAAUGCCCUGUUCCUCGAGGAGAAGAGGCAGCGAGCGCUGGAGCGGGAGUCCACCAGGGAGUUUAACACCCACUACACAAUGAUGGCAGAAGCCUUGCUCAAGAAGCAGAUCAAGGAGAAAGAGGAAAAUCUCCAUCAGCAGAACGCUGACCGGGCCAGGAGCAUCAAGAUGCAAGCCUGCCAGAUGAAGGGAGAGAUCAGGGACUUCAUGGUGUUCAGGCGGCUGGCCAUGCAAGCAGAGAACAAGGCUGCACGCACAGCCACCAGCACUAUCCUCUCACAAGCAACAAAGGACAGACUACAGUAUGCCAGAGCCCGGGUGGCAGUUCAGAGGGGGCGAGCAUUGAUGGUAGAAGCCCCUGAGGAGGCCACAGACGCAGGAUUUCCCUGGACCAAACCCACCCAUUGUGAGACACCUCCUUCAGAAACCUGAGGUCCAGCGAUUACUGGCCACUGCACAUUAAGCAAGAGCAUGUUGCACAAGUCUGUUCCAAAUACUUUAAGAUACUUCAACUUUCAGAUGUCACGAUAUGUAAAAUAUUUGCUAUUUGCUUAAGACAUCCUUGAUUUGAAUGCAGAAGCUGACUGUGUAUGAAUGUCACUCAGGAGCCGUGAAGUUGGAAAGAGAUAUACCAGUGAUAUAUCGAGUGGACAGCAAGAGACUUUUGCCCAGGGUAGAAAUGGCUAACACAAGGGAGUAUAAUUUUAAGGUGAUUGCAGGAACGUAUGUAUACAGUAGUGGGAAUAUCAUAUAUAACCAUAUAACAAUUACAG